UUGCUUUAUAUUUACUUCUUCGACAUUUAUAUUAUCAAACUAUUCUUUCUCCUAGGUCUUCACGCGCAGGGAAGAAAAAGGAAAGCCUCAGAACUUGUAAACGAUCAGGAGGAGGGGGAAAGGCGGCAGGAAAAAGAGGUUUUUGAUGAAACAGCCACAGAUGCACAAGAUGUGAACCUUAGAAAAAGUGGUUCUGAACCUGAUAAAGAAAUGCCCACGCGUACGAGUUCUAGAAUUAGGAAGCCUACUUUACGGUUAAAAGAGAUGAUGGAGACUGAAAAGAUAUUAAAGCAUCCGAAGCGGGACCCUAUCAAGAAGGAAGCAGUGGAUGAAGAUAGCGAAGAAAUUGUCGUUGAUAUUUUGACAUCUGAUGGGAAUGAUCAGUUUUCUGUCCUGGAAAGCGGUGCAGCCCCGGAAAUUUCAGCCGUUCCGCCAGCUGUCGAGCAUGAAGAAGUGUUAGAAAGUGGCAUCGAACCUCGCCCUGUAGAAGUAGCCAGAGCAGUGGAAGGUCGAGUAAAUGGUAGGAAUAAUGAGGGACAGAGACCUGAUUUGGGGCCAGUAAUGGAGGUUACCGAAGAAACAGUGAUUGUAGAUGAACCAGAUUUUCGCGGUCAGCAAAUCGUUGAAGAGGUUGAGACAGCUCGAGUAAUUCAGCAUCCGUACAGAGAUGAAUACAAUGGAAGAAUGCACAUGCGCCAACCAGUGCAGUACAGGCCAUCGUCUCGUGGGAUGAGUUAUCAUCCGGAUAGGCCGUUUAUUCCCGCAGCAGCUCCUUUGCUUACUACUGAUAGAACAAAUACAAGAGUGAUUAAGAGGAUGAAACCUGAAGAAAGAGAAGCGAAAGAAGCCGCAGAAAGGUUGGCUGCUGCUUCAGCUGCUGCGCAAAUCGCACGGGAUUCUGAAAGGCGUCGAUUUAACAGCACCGCCAUGCGCCCUAUGCCUUCUUUUCACAGUAAUCGACCAGAAGAUCACCGCCCGUACGCGACAACAUAUCAGUUUUCCACGAGGCAUUCGAGACGGCCAUAUUCGCAACCUGAGCAGGAUGUAAUCGGUCGUGGCGUUCGAGUAAGAAGUUCAGGUAUACCUGGUCGGUAUAGUGAACAAACAAUUACACGUGAAGCCGACGGAGGCGAACAGAUAAUUGUUACUCAAAACGGCGAUGAGCAUGAAGCAAUUAUCGCCGAAGAACAGGUUAGUGCAGAAGAUGCAGAAAUGAUUUUCACUGAGGAACAGUUAGAGGGACAGUUGGCAAAUCAGAGUUCUAUGAAACCCACAUCAAGUCACCGUCAAAGCGUGCAAGCUGAGAAGUGUGACAAAUUUGCAAAAACUGAAAAGGCGGAGAGAGGAGAAGUCGGAGAGGAUGAAGAUGAUGCUCCGCCUCAGCUGGUUCCUGAAGAAGGACCUGGUCCUGAGGAAAUCAUGCAAAUGGAACAGAUGGAAAAGUUUCAAGAGACAGAGUAUAUUGAUGGUAUGGGGGAAGUAAUUAGAGUGCAGUCGCCCGGUGGUACGCAACAGUAUGUGCAAAUUCAACAAGAGGAUGCUAUAUUUGUGGAUGAAAAUGGGACGAUUGUUGAGGAGCCAGCCCAACAGGAUCUGCGUGCCGUGGAAUUCAAUUUUUUGGAUAGUAAGAAUAUUUGUUGUGGAUUGUGUGGCGAAAUUGUUCCAUAUGAUCUCCUCAUGUCAGAACAUUUACCAGUGCAACAUCCGGAGGUUAUUGGUGAUGACAACUUAGAUUUAGAAGAGAUACCCUACGAAGUUUGGUUGAGAGACAAAUUGAACAGUGAGAGAAAGCAAUUAGAAAAUGGAUUUCACUCCGGUAGUUACGAAACUAAUCGAGUCGCUAGAUCCACGAGGACUUUGAGAAGAGUUUCACAAGUGCGAGUUAAUCCAAAUGAAAUGACACUAGCUCAGCUUGACGCUGCUCUGAAGAAAAAGAUGAUCGAAAAAAUGGGGAGAAAAGUUCCCGUCGCUCUUGUGGACAAGCAGCAUGCUCGCUGUGGCAUAUGUAAUGCUGUUGUUUCGCUGAAUCGAAAAUUUGAAGUUGUGCAUCUUGUGAGACAUUUUAAUGCAUGGCACCCUUCAGCACAUCGUUGUGCUGGGACUUGGAAAGACCGGCAGCAGCAACCUGGACAAGGGAAACCACUUUCGAUGCAGGAUUUUGCUGUUGUCGAUACCACUUUAGAGGGUGGCGAUAACAUACAAUGUAUUUGGUGUGGAAUGUUUAUGGACGCUUCUGCGUUAGCUAUGCAUUUUUCGGAACUACAUCCGGAUGAUGUUGAAGUGCCGAAGUGUAAUUUGUGUCUCCAGGAACUUGUAAUUAAUGCUCGAUUGACGGAGAAAUAUGGAGACGAUUUCAUGGUUUCGUUGCCCGAUGAGCGUCAUAUCAGAUGUGGGAAGUACGACACUAUGCAUACAUCUGAAGCUUUGCUAGAUCGCGCUAUUGAAAAGCGCCUUAAAAGGAUGCAGUUGAUGGGUGAAAGUGGAGAAGUUUUUGGUGAUGAAGAUGAAGAUGAGAACGAUGAAGAAACUGGAACUGGUCCAGAGGCAUAUUUAAAUAGUAGAAUGAGUUUUGGGCGUAGAAGCAAACCAAAAAGACACUUUAUCAUGCCUGCUCUGAGACAAGCUGCCCCAAUUGGGAGUCGUUUUGUCGAGCCUGUAACGGAGUGCCAUUGGAAGUGUAAACUCUGUGGUGCGGAUAUUUUAGCAGCUGUGAUCUCUGCUGGUGCUAUACGGCAUUUUCAUUUAGCACAUCCAGAUGAUCUCAAAGAUAUGCAGUACGAAUUGUGUAAGGCUCGUUUGGAGCGCGUUUCUGAUGGUUGUAUGGAAUUUGUUCACCCACAACUUAUUGAGUGUUUAGUUUGUAAUAUGACUUAUCCCCUCCACAAACCUUUCAAUAUGUGCCGUGCAAUCAGACAUUUAAAAUCUAAACAUCCUGAUGUAAUGCCAGAAUAUGCUGGGACUAGAGAACAGGAAAGGGUCUGUAAUAUUUUUUUUCUUAGACUGAACAAAAGUUUGUGGAGCUGUAAGUCGGGUGUGAAUCUUGAGUGGCAAACGAGUAAAAGAAUCGUAUUUUUGUUUCAAUGGGAUGUAUUUCUCAUCCAAGUUUUUUCUAUUUUAGGGGAGGAGUCUAAUAAUGGAUAUAUUACUGAUCCUGAAACGAUUGCUUCUUUGAAAGAGCAGUAUAACGUCGAAUUUGAACGGGUACAAGCGCUUGAAGGUGCUAAUGGUGAACGAGUUUAUGUCCUAAUGGCGGAAGGUGAAGAAGUUGAUCAGGAGAUGGUGGCACAGUUAGCAGCUUCUAUCUCUGAAGAAAACGCACCUCAGAAGUCUGAUGGAGCUUCUGUAUCUGCGGAGGCUGACAGCAGUAAGGAAAUGGUAGUUAUAACUGCAAUACUUGGCUUUUAUAAUACGUCUACCGAUCAGAAUGAUAGGUCACCUGAGCAGUUUAUCGUAGAACCUGAUACCGACGUUGUUGCAGAAGGAUUGUAUUUUGAUACACUAUUUUUUGCAGAUGCUGUUCGAUGCCAGGUGAAACCGGAAAAAUCAAAUGAAGCUCAGGUUGUAGCAACUGAGAAGGCCAUUGAAGUUUGA